UGCACGCUCCUCCUCUACACACACACACACUCGAAUCCAUCGCAAUCGCAAUGCCUCAAUGCAAUCGAAGUCGCUAACCUGAGUCUGGGAUGCGUUAGCGAGCUUUUGAGUCCAGGAAAGUAUUUGGGUAGUUUGGAUCAGGGUAAAAGCGUGCAUGCGUUGAAGAGACGAGUGCGAAGGAAUUUGAGGUUUAGGUUGGAUCAAAGGGUAUGGACGGCCGGAGGGGGUGCAAGAGAGCCAGCGUCACAGACGACGAGGAGCAAACUCCAAAGAAGAAGCGAGGUCGCCCACCUGGGAGCCGGAAAUCUCUUGCUGCCGAGCAAACACCUGAGAAAUCUGUUUCGGCGAAUCAAACGCCGUCAAAAACGCCCAAGGUUGUGAGUUUUUUGGAGACGUUGGAUGAAAUUGGAGAGGCGGCUCCGCAUGCUACUCCGCAGAGUUUCUUUCGGGUGAAAGAAGGGAGUGGGGUUGGGAAACGAGUUGCCAACAAAAUUGCGGAUAUUGGAAUUGUAGAUGAGCAGGAGCUUCGAGAUGCAAUAGUAAAACUACCUCAAAAGCAUGAGAAGGAGCAAGCUGCACUUCUGGAGGGCUAUCGUGCCUUCUACCACAAGUGGUACUUUCAACUGAGUUGUGGAUUUGGGCUUCUGAUGUAUGGGUUUGGCUCCAAAAAGAAAUUGUUGGAAGAUUUCGCCAGUACAGAACUGAGGGAUGGUGCUGCCGUCGUCGUUAACGGAUACCUUUCGAAUGUAAAUAUAAAACAUGUGGUACAUACAGUAGUGAAUGCUGUAUGGGAGGCAAGGAAGAAGGGAAAACCGAGUAACAAGGUGAAACAAGAUGCACCGGCCAGUUCGAACAGUUUGGUGGAUCUCCUGGAAUUUUUGACCGACGACGAUGAUUCGACUCAUAUUUAUGUCGUUGUCCAUAACAUUGAUGGGCCAGGUUUAAGAGAUGAUGAUGUGCAACAAACUCUUGCAAGUCUCGCAAGUUGUAAGCAUGUCCGUUUGGUGGCCUCCAUUGAUAACAUAAAUGCCCCAAUCCUCUGGGACAAGCACAUGGCCCGCAACCAGUUCAAGUGGUUGUGGUUACACACUCCAACUUACGCGACUUACAAAGUAGAGGGAACAUGCGUGCCACUUCUGUUGACUGCUGGAGCUGCCACCAAAAGUGCUCGAAGUGCUAUACUUGUGCUACGAAGUUUAACUCCCAAUGCACAGAGUGUCUUUCGAGUGCUUGGGGAGUUUCAGAUUAGUCAUCCUGAUGAUCAAGGACUUCCUUUGAAUCGGCUUUACACAGCAUGCAGAGAGCAGUUCUUAGUGAGUAGUGAAGUGACUUUGCGUGCCCAUCUUACUGAAUUUAAGGACCAUGAGCUUGUAAAGUUUCGACGAGGCGUAGACGGACAAGACUGCAUUUAUGUGCCUUUGCCUAUUGAUGCUCUUACGAAGCUUCUGGAAGAUAUUACCAGUUAGGGUCAUGAUCUUGUACACUUCAACUUGACACAAUUAUUGGUCCAAGUAAUUCCAGAGGGGGAUGCAUCAUCUUAGUUUCUAAUGACACUCUUCGUUAUUUGUACACAUUGUUUAUUAUCGAUUUUGAUUUUAACGAUACUAACAAGUUUAACUUCAUUGCA